CUUCCCCGCCAGGCUGGUGCCCGCGCCUCGCCAUGAGCCUCAGCCUCUUCCGGCGCCUGCUGCUGGCCGCCCUGCUGCUGGUCGUCCUCUGGACGCUCUUCGGGCCCUCGGGGCUGGGGGAGGAGCUCCUGAGCACCUCGCUGGCCAGCCUGCUGCCCGCGCCCGCCUCGCCGGGGCCGCCCCUGGCCCUGCCCCGCCUCCUCAUCCCCAACCCGGCGGCCUGCGGGGCUCGCGACGCCCCGUUCCUGCUCAUCCUGGUGUGCUCGGCCCCGGAGCACCUGCACCAGAGGGACGCGAUCCGGGCCUCGUGGGGCGGCCUCCGCGAGGUCCACGGGCUCCGGGUGCGGACGCUCUUCCUGCUGGGAGAGGCGGGCGGGCCGCACGCUGCCCACCUGGCCGCUGAGUCCGCGGCGCAGGGGGACAUCGUCCAGGCUGCCUUCCAGGACACCUACCGCAACCUCACCCUCAAGACCCUCAGCGGGCUGAACUGGGCCCACAGGCACUGCCCCGGGGCGCGCUACGUCCUCAAGACUGACGACGACGUGUUCGUCAACGUGCUGGAGCUGGUGCCGGAGCUGAUGCGGCGAGGGGGCCCGAGGGCGCGCUGGCCGAGGGACAACCAGCUCCACAGAGGGGCCACCACUGUAAGUGGACUUCAGGCUUCGGGACACGAGGACGUGCCACUUCUGUACUUAGGCCGAGUGCACUGGAGGGUGAGCCCAUCUCGGAUACCGGGCAAGCACCACAUACCCGAAGAACUGUGGCCUGAUGCCUGGGGCCCCUUUCCCCCCUAUGCCUCGGGCACGGGGUACGUGCUCUCCGCGUCUGCCGUGCGGCUCAUUCUGAAGGUGGCUAGCCGGUCACCCCCUCUGCCAAUAGAGGAUGUCUUUGUGGGGGUAAGUGCUCGGAGAGGCGGCCUUGCCCCCACCCACUGUGUCAAACUGGCUGGCGCCACCCACUACCCUCUGGACCGAUGCUGCUAUGGGAAAUUCCUGCUGACAUCUCACAAAGUGGAUCCCUGGAAAAUGCAGGAAGCCUGGAAGCUGGUGGGCAGACUGGAUGGGGAAAAGACUGCACCCUUUUGCUCCUGGCUCCAGGGGGUGCUGGGUAUCCUGCGGUGCCGAAUUUUAGCCUGGCUGCACAGCUGAGACCUCAGCAGCCAGGAGCAGUAGGCCCAGGCAGCACAGAAACCUCACUCCCAGGCCCAGCGUCUGUCGCCAGACAACGGUAUAGGAAACCCUGGAGCCCCGGCUUCCAGCACCAAAGAUGGUCACCAGGAAAGGAGGGAAAAAAAUUUAAAAACAGGCUUAUACUAUUUUCACAAACCAGGACAAUACAGUGGCAUGAACCCUUCAAUAAACUUGUCUCCCCUUUGUCAAA